AUGGAUAUCAAUCUUACAUUCAUUGAGAACAGAGCUAUUAGAGUGGCUAUAUUACCGAUUGGAGAUAUAUCAUUGGACAGCUUCAGACAUUACUCAAAUCUAAUCAAGACACUUGCUAUCAUUGAGUUAUCAGGCAUCACCAGAGAUGCAAAGGAAUCACGUGUAUUAGAGAAGAUCAAUUGGGUCGAUGGACAUAUGUUACUUAACUUCUUGGACUCGACAACACCACCGACAUCGGAAUGGGAGGAUAUACAUGUACACAAGAGAGUGUUUGGUGUGAUUGGUGUAGUGGACUGUAAGCGUGCAAAGGAUCUGACAGAGACAAAGAGACUGUUUGAUCUGGCGAUCGCACCCUACAAGUCGGCGGUGGCCACGGUCUGCUAUGCAUUCGAUCCGUUGGACGAGCAGGCCGACUUUGAGCCGGGCAAGUUUGUGAUGAUCCCCAACGCUGGCGACCAGAAGCAUCUCCUGUUCUACCUCAACACACUGCUCUUUGACUUCUCGUUGACGUUGUUGCGUCACUUUGAGAAGAUGGUUGUGGAGCCCGAGUCGCAGACUCGCCAGUCCUACAUCUCCACCCCGCUCGAGAGUGUCAUAUCAUGGGACGAAGUAUCGCGUGCCAAGAAGCGCAAGCCCGGUCGUCUUGCCAAGGUCAAAGGUGACUACUGUCUCCUUGCCGGCUCGCCACUCGAUGCCAUCAAGUUCUAUGAUAUCAGUGUGGAGUUGUCAAAGUCUAACAAUGAUUAUGAAUGGAUUGCUGCAUCAUAUGAGAGCCAGAUAUCCGCCAUCCUUUCAAAGAGAAACCAAGAGUAUCACUCACAUACUCAAUCAAUCAAUAUGCCCGCACCGACUAAUGUGCCGGCAACGACAGAGCAUAAUGAGUUGGAGGAUCAACAUAUACUUACGAUGGCGGCAGAGGCAAUCAGUUCAUACAACAGGAAGAAGGCAUUGAACUUUGAGAUUGAGUUAACGAUCAAGUUGGCCAACUACCACGCAUCAAUGGAGCGCAAGGCCGAAGCAUCAGAGCUACUCACGUCAGCCGUCGACCUAUCUUUCGGCCUUACACUACAGGAGAAGAUCAUGAUCAUCUGCUCAUGUGCACUGGCCUACUUCUCCAUGGGAUUCAAGCGCAAGUUUGCCUUCUUUGUUCGCGAGGCUGCAUUCCUACACAACAAGCGACCAGAGACAUGGGAAAAGAUCAACAACUUACUUCAGAUCACGACAAGGUACUUCCAGCUGGAGGACCUGUUUGGAGGCUCGACAACAAAGUUCCUGGAGGAGAGGAAUAAGACAUACAAUUACUCGGCUACGACUGUGAGCAGUCAUGCUGCCUCGUCAAAGACACGCUCAUCACGCUCACGCGGUAACUCAAAGCAAGGCAGCAAGCCAAUGCCACCUGGACUCCCUGCCACAGCCAAUGGCCGAUCGUCGGUGGCGUGGCAUACUCGCAUGCCACCAGUAUGCACAGCGCGUCGCAAGGAAGGCUGGUUCAUAUUACAGCGAUACCUCAUCUACAACUUGAUCUCUGUAUCGUCCAACCUGCAGGACUCACACAGCAUCUGCAACAUCAACACCAAUGUGCACAUGAACAUCCUGGGCUUCCCCUUCCUGCUCAGUGUGAAGCCACUGCCACCCUCCGACCACCUCGCGCCACACACCCGCAAGAUCGAACACAACCCUCAAAAGGACAACUUCUUCAUCUACUCGCCUUAUGAGCAACGCAAUGCAGACAAGGUACCAAGGAAACAGUUGUUAUGGGUGGAGGGUGAGUGCAGCGUCGUUGUCACGCUGUCCAACCCACUGGCAUUCGAUGUGCUCAUUCAGAGUAUACAGUUGAGCACUGCUGGUGUGCCCUUCGAGUGCUACCCGCUCUCAUUCAAGGUGUUGUCAUGCACAGAGAAGAUGGAGAUGAUCAUCACUGGCAGAGCUCUAAAGCCUGGCCCACUCAUUAUCAAGGGAGUGUUCAUUCGAUCCUACAACCUACUGAGCGAACACCCAAUCAAUCAACAAGGCGAAGCCAUAUCGUUGUCCGAAUACGAAGAGCUCAUUCGACAGGACGCCUACAAGGUGGAGUUGGACGCACCCGUCGUCUCAUCCGAGGACGACCAGGCCAUCAACAAGAUCACUGUGGUGCCCAAGAUGCCCCUGCUCAACGUCACGGUCGAGUCCUUUGGCGGCCUGAUGUCUCUGUUUGUUGGCGAACAACACAACUUCAACCUGGUGUUUGAGAACAUUGGCACAGAACCAAUCGAGGAGAUCACAUUGUUACUGGGCGAGCUGGACAAGAGCCAGAGGAAGUCACUUCAGGCGCCCCCACCCAAGAAUGUGUCUUUCGAUGACGACAGCGACACACCUCUGUUCCAGUGGGACAACAAGCGAGUGCAGUCUGCACUGCCAAUUCUCCCUGGUCAAUCAUUCACGCUGCCAGUGCACUGCCAAGGCAGACCCUAUUGCAUUGGCAACCAGCUCACAAUCAACUACAAUCGCUUGGGUGAGCAACAUCUAUAUCAUCGACGAACGAUCGUUCCACUGCAGAUGGAUCUCAACUUUGGACCAGAGAUCACCAACUUUGACAUUGUAUACACUUCACUCAACUCUUUGAAGCAGCUUGAAUCAUUCAUAAUUGGCAGCACCAAGCCAAACAUCCCUUCGACUGUUCUGGCCACUGCCAGUCCUAGGCUUCCCGCUGCCGCCGCAACCACAACAGUCGCCUCUAUUGUGGAGCAGUCGCAUCAACUGGAUAUCUACAACGACUACUGUCUAUUGGUGUUUGAGAUCAAGAACAACAGUUCAACGCAUUCAUUCAGUAUCACAUCGAGAAGUUCAUUCAAUGCUCAAUGCGAGAUUAGCUUGGAUACUACAUUCAACUUGGCACCAAACUCAUCGAUGAACAUAUAUGUGCCAGUGAGGAGGGAACCAUUCCCUGACGCACUGCCACCUAUUCGUCUGCCCAAGGGCCAGUACAUCAAACCAAAGAAGAAGUUGACCGAACACCAAGAGUAUCUCAACAGACUGAAUCAAUACUACAAAGACAUGAUCAUCAACAAUGUCAAGUUGACUUGGAUAUCUGUAAGAUAUAGAUUAUAG